AUGGCCGGUCAGUUCACAACGCCAGGGAAGCCUUUUCUACGAGAGACACGUGCUAUGACAGAGGAACCUGGUCCAUUCCUGCGUUCGGGUUCACGGCUAUUGCUAUUCGACUCAGACUACAUGCCGAGAGCAGCAACAACCGGUCAUAUGAACAACAAUGAGAAGGAAUCAGCUCAAGGGAGACGAUGGACGCAGACUGAUCAAGAUGAAACCGAUGCAGAGAUACGGAGAAGAGUCAUGAAGGAGCUUUGCCAUUCAUGGAUGGACAGGCUGCAGCUGAUCAGCGUUGUUACUACAUUCUUUGCGGCAACCGAGGCUCAACUUCUGGGGUUCAUUGCGCCAGACGACCACGACGAGGGACCAUUGGUACAGCAGGCCGCAAAUGCCAUUCUCGCUGGCGCUCUCAUCAUUCAUUUGUGUGCAGUGCGCUAUCGUCUGCGUGAAGCCAAGCGCGAAGAGCUCAAGGUCGAGCUUGGCGUAUCGCCGCUGGAUGGGUCUCGAUCCUCCGAUCCGCCCGUAUGGUCGGCGAAUCCGCACCUCGAACAGGUUGGUCCCUUCCGCAGAGGAACCCCGCCAACCCACCUGCUGGAGCAUUGCCACGGGCUGUGCAUGUGGCUCGCUGCGAUUGGCUUCGCCCUUGCGUUGACAGGCGUGCUGUGCUACUCAUGGGCGCGCCUCCCACGGAGCGCAAGUAUCUUUGCCUCAGUAUGCAUGGCUGUUUGCUGGGUUCUGGGAAUCGGUUCCGUCCUUGUCGUUAAAUUGUGA